AUGGGCUACAAAGACUGGGAUGAUGACAACAAACCAGCCGAAUCGCGCGACCAUGAUUGGCAGGCAGUGGCAGGUAACUUUGAUACCAUUCCUGUGAUUGACGUCGGAAGCAUCCGGAGUGGUGACUUGGGUGAGAGACGUAAGGUGGCGGCUCAGAUCAGAGAUGCCUGUACUCAGGUUGGAUUCUUCUACAUUGAGAAUCAUGGAAUUCCAGAGGAACUACUUCAAGAAGUUUUCAAAUUGGCAGGGGAGUUUUUUGCACUCCCUUUUGAACAAAAGAUGGAAGUUUUCAUUGAUAAUAGUCCCAAUUUUCGAGGCUAUACUCCCGUGGGUGGCUCGGGGAAGCCUGGCCCUGAUGGACGAGGAAACUUGAACGAGGCGUUUGAAUGGGGCCACGAUGCAAAGCUCAAUGACGAUCCCAAUGACCCUUGCGACGACCCAUACAUGAAAGGCGAUAAUCAUUGGCCACGUGAGCCUGCUGGGCUUGAAGAAAAGUUAUCUGCUUACUAUCGUGAGGUACGAGCCUUCUGUCGCCUCCUAGCCAGCUCUGUCGCACUAUCUCUGGGCUUGGACGAGGAUUACUUUGCGGCUUGCACCUCUCACCCUGGCUGUUCAACUGUGAUGGCACACUAUCCGCCCCAGACAAAAGAGUCAGGGAACCGUGGGCUCGAUGCCCACACAGAUUCUGAAUUCUUUACCAUCCUGGCACCUGGUCCGGUUCGCGCCCUUGAGGUCGCGAACAAGGCUGGUGAGUGGAUCUCGGCACCUCCCAAGCCCGGAACAUAUAUCGUCAACGUGGGCGACCAGCUGCAGGCCAUGACGAAUGACCUCUACGUCUCGACCCGCCACCGCGUCAUGAACUACACAGGCCAAGAGCGAUACGCGGUUCCGUUCUUCUUCUCUACCAAUUUUGACCAUGUGAUCAAACCUAUUCCUGAGUUGAUCAAUGGAAACCAUGUGUCUACUCAUCCGGGGGUAACAGCCGGGCAGUCUGAGACCCAAAGCGUUACUUGCUGA